GCUCAAGUGGAAUAUUCAGAUUAAAAUCACCAACUAGAUCUCGCGAAGAAAUGUCUACCAGUUCAAUUGGAAAGACUGAAAAUGUGAAAGCUGGAAUUCCGGAGAAACAAUCUUUUACUUCCAGUGAAAGAUUGAGUUUAAAAUCAACAAAUGAAUCUCGUGAAGGACAUUCUACCAGAUUCUUCUACGGUAACUCACAGACACAAAAAUCUGACGAAAAUUUGACAUUUUCUUCAUCGUCAUCAACUCCAAAGACUGAGCAGGCUGAACCUCGAAAAGCAGAGAAGAAAACUUUUCGCUCAAGUGGAAUAUUCAGAUUAAAAUCACCAACCAGAUCUCGCGAAGAAGUGUGUGUCAGUUCGAUUGGAAAGACUGAAGAUCUAAAAUCUGGAAUUCCGGAGAAACAAUUUUUCUCUUGUAGUGAAAGAUUGAGUUUAAAAUCACCAACUAGAUCUCGCGAAGAAAUGUCUACCAGUUCAAUUGGAAAGACUGAAAAUGUGAAAGCUGGAAUUCCGGAGAAACAAUCUUUUACUUCCAGUGAAAGAUUGAGUUUAAAAUCAACAAAUGAAUCUCGUGAAGGACAUUCUACCAGAUUCUUCUACGGUAACUCACAGACACAAAAAUCUGACGAAAAUUUGACAUUUUCUUCAUCGUCAUCAACUCCAAAGACUGAGCAGGCUGAACCUCGAAAAGCAGAGAAGAAAACUUUUCGCUCGAGUGGAAUAUUCAGAUUAAAAUCACCAACUAGAUCUCGCGAAGAAAUGUCUACCAGUUCAAUUGGAAAGACUGAAAAUGUGAAAGCUGGAAUUCCGGAGAAACAAUCUUUUACUUCCAGUGAAAGAUUGAGUUUAAAAUCAACAAAUGAAUCUCGUGAAGGACAUUCUACCAGAUUCUUCUACGGUAACUCACAGACACAAAAAUCUGACGAAAAUUUGACAUUUUCUUCAUCGUCAUCAACUCCAAAGACUGAGCAGGCUGAACCUCGAAAAGCAGAGAAGAAAACUUUUCGCUCGAGUGGAAUAUUCAGAUUAAAAUCACCAACUAGAUCUCGCGAAGAAAUGUCUACCAGUUCAAUUGGAAAGACUGAAAAUGUGAAAGCUGGAAUUCCGGAGAAACAAUCUUUUACUUCCAGUGAAAGAUUGAGUUUACAAUCAACAAAUGAAUCUCGUGAAGGACAAUCUACCAGAUUCUUCUACUGUAACUCACAGACACAAAAAUUUGACGAAAAUUUGACAUUUUCUCAAUCACCAACAACUUCAAUGACUGAGCAGGCUGAACCUCGAAAAGCAGAGAAGAAAACUUUUCGCUCAAGUGGAAUAUUCAGAUUAAAAUCACCAACCAGAUCUCGCGAAGAAGUGUGUGUCAGUUCGAUUGGAAAGACUGAAGAUCUAAAAUCUGGAAUUCCGGAGAAACAAUUUUUCUCUUGUAGUGAAAGAUUGAGUUUAAAAUCACCAACUGGAUCUCGCGAAGAAAUGUCUAUCAGUUUAAUUGGAAAGACUGAAAAGCAAAUUUUGUCUUCGAGUAAAGGACCGGAAAAAAAAAUUUCAUUUCAUAGUCAAAGAUUAAGUUUGAAAUCACCAAGUGAUUCUCCUGAAAAGCUGUCACCGUGUUCAGUUUACCGUGUACCAACAGAAACAUCAUUAUCAUUAUCGUCAUCAACUGGACCUGAUUUAAAAAUCACUUCUUCAAAAGUAGAGAAAUCGAAAAAGCAAGAAGCUAAAUUUUCCCAUUCAACAUCAACUUCAAAAAGAGAUGGUGUUGACUCAUCAAUUGAAAGUGGUGCUGGCCCCUCUUCAAAACGAAAGAAAUACAGUGUCGAGAAAUCUACAAUUGGUGUUUCUUCAAACAGAAAAAGAACGUCAAUUACUUUGGAUAAUGAAAAUAUUGAUAAACCGUUGCAUCAUAAAGUGAGAAGAAGAUUGGAAUUAAUGGGAACAGAAAAGCAUACGGUAAAAGUUUGUUUAGGAAAAUUAUGUAAAUCAGCAAACAUUAAAAAUCGAAUUGAAGAAGAUGCAAAGGUUGUUUCAUCAAUGAUGUAUGAGGCAACAACAAUGGCAUUAUUCGGCCUAUAUGAAGAAACGAAUGUUGAAAAUGUUGAAAAUUGCCCAUCAUUGUUGGAGAAAUGGACCAACAAUGGUCCCGACUUUCUGUCAUUUUUAAUAUCAUUAAAGCAGAAAGUAAAUGCUCAACGUAAAGUAACUGAACAGGAUGCGAAAAUAAAUACAAUGGUCAACGAAUAUAAAGAAUUAAGGAAUGACAUUCCACUUUAUGACGGAGAACAUAGAACGGCAAUAAUUCAGGAGGCAGCUUUAGUGUUGAAUCGAAACUUUAAAACAAAUUUCACGACGCAUGCAGCAUCACGAUUAAGAAGAUAUUUGCAGCUAUUAAUGGAAAUUGAAGACGAAGAAAAAAAUCAUAUGGAAGUAGAUGAAAUUCAAGAAAUUUGUUCAGUUUACCAUAUCGAAAAUGAUAAUGAUGAAAAAAUAAAAAUUAGGAGUUUUAAAAAUAGCAUUAAAAAUGAACAAAGAAAAGAAUUUCAAAAAUCUCGAAAACAAUUUCCAGAUGAAAUGCGAGAAAAAAAAACAUCAGACUACUGCGAUGAAAGAUAUGUUCGACAGGAAAAAUAUCUCAAACAUUGCGAUAAAGUCUAUUAUAAAAAAAGGCCAAGAAGGCGAAGAAAAAAAUCGAAAAAGGAAAAAGAAGAAGAAAAAGAGAAGAAUAAGGAAAAAGAAAAAGAGAAGAAUAAGGAAAAAAAGAAAUUUCGAAAAAGAAGGCCUUCAUUUUAUAAACAAUCUGUUGCUGCUUUAAAUCUCCUGCUGCAAAAAAAUGAAUGUCAAGUGAAAGGAUUCCCUACUGAUUUACUACUGAAAAAGGGUGAUAAUGAUAGAAGAAAAUUGGACUUUACAAAAUUGACAAAAGAUGAAGAAUGGCAUAAAUUUUUGCCAUUUUUCAUUAUGAUUCAACAAGAAUUUCAUGAUAAAAAGAAGAAGAAUUUCACGUUAAUUCCACAAAUUUCAUUAGGCGUGAAGCAUGUGGUUUAUACAAAUACUGCUUUAAAAGAAUUGCAAACGGCAACUGUUAUUCAAGAAAUUAAAGAAAAAAAGGCAAUUUUACAAAAAAAGAAAAGAAAAUCAGGAACGAAUAAGGAUCAUCUUCAAAGAGCAGUUGAUAAAAUGGACGAUGAAAUGAAGCGCUUAAGAGAAAUGAACAAUGAAGAAAGGUGGAAUUCAAUGUUCAACUUUAAAUCAAUCCAAAGAGGUCGAAAAAAAUUAAAGAAUGGUGGUAAAUUCUCUGGUACAAUAACGACAAAUGGUGUGGACGUGUCAGUAAUUUUUGAUUUACCCACAAAACAUGAUGUUGUGCAAUCAAAGAAGAAAGUUGGAAGUUACACAAAAUUUUGUGGUUUUGAUCCUGGUGCGAGGGCGACUCUGGCUGGCGUCAGUAGAGAAAACGAUCCUAAUCCAACCACUAAUGUAAAAAAGGAUUCAGCUAUUUACAUUGGUAGUUGGAUGAUGAGAUGGCAGAUGGGCGACUAUAGAAGAAGAGAAUUAAUGAAGAAAAAAGGUAUAGACAUGCAAAAAUAUUACAAGCAACUUGCUGAGGAUCCAUUGAUGGAAAAUUUUUGCAUGACUAAUCCUCGAGAUCGCCAUCGUAUAACAAAAUAUAGAAUACACCUUUUACAAAAUUUUCAAUCACUUCAUCAAAAAAGAUCCGUAACGCGUUUAAAAAUAGAUCAAUAUUCGGCGCACAAACGACAAGUUGAUCAACUUGUGAAUUGGAUAGUAGGUGAUACAAAGAAGAAACCCUGUUUCGUUGCUAUUGGUGGAGCUGAAAUACCUAAUUUUAUCAAGGGAUACACUAAAGCUCCUUUGAAACGUAUUCAACAAACUCUUUUCCAAAGAUCAGAAGAAUUAGGAAAAGAUAAAUUGCAAGUCGUGAAAGUAAAUGAGUUUAAUACAACAAAAAUGUGUAGUCGCUGUGUGAGACCACUUAAAAUAUCAAAAAGUCCCCAUCGGUACACUUAUUGUGCGAAAUGCAAAACAACGUGGGAAAGAGACGUAAAUGCAGGGCGUAAUAUUCUUAAUCUUGCACUUAUUCAAGAGAAGAUCAUACCAAAGGAUUCCAUAAAAAAUCACCAUCUAUUUCGGAUCAAGAAUGAUGACAUUGAACAUGAGGCUGCAGAAUUGCAGAAAUAAUUUUUCCCAUCACUUUCAACAUUCAUUUUUAAAUCACUAACUAAAUCUCUUCAAGGACAUUGAAAAGGAGGAACCUCAACAACCGGAAAUACAAAUUUCUACGAUGGACAAUAUACUGCUUAAUUGCGGAAAUAAUUUAACAAAACAUUAUUCGGUCCUGGUGGUGAUGGCUUUUUGCCAUUGUACAUACCGGGAGAUCUCUUAUGAGAUCCGAACCAGCCUGUAAAAAGGCAUACCAGGUUUUUUAAGAAAUUAAAAAACAUGCUACUUCUUUUAUUGAUUAUUGUUUGAAUUUUUCAAAUUUUUUAUAAAAACAAAAGCACAUUUGUGUUUUUUUUUAUAAAUUAAAAUAAUCAAUAAUAGGA